AUGGAGUCAGGAACCCAGACAGUGUGUCCUGGCAUGGAUAUCCGGAACAACCUCACCAGGUUGCACGAGCUGGAGAACUGUUCGGUCAUUGAAGGACAUUUGCAGAUACUCUUGAUGUUCAAAACGAGGCCCGAAGAUUUCCGAGACCUCAGUUUCCCCAAACUCAUCAUGAUCACCGACUACCUGCUGCUCUUCCGGGUCUACGGGCUCGAGAGCCUCAAGGACCUGUUCCCCAACCUCACGGUCAUCCGGGGUUCACGUCUCUUCUUCAACUAUGCCCUGGUCAUCUUCGAGAUGGUUCAUCUGAAAGAGCUCGGGCUCUACAGCCUGAUGAACAUCACCCGGGGCUCCGUGCGCAUCGAGAAGAACAACGAGCUGUGCUACUUGGCCACCAUCGACUGGUCCCGUAUCCUGGAUUCUGUGGAGGACAAUUACAUCGUGCUGAACAAGGACGACAACGAAGAGUGUGGGGACAUCUGUCCGGGCACCGCGAAGGGAAAGACCAACUGCCCUGCCACUGUCAUCAACGGGCAGUUUGUCGAGCGCUGUUGGACCCACAGCCAUUGCCAGAAAGUUUGCCCAACCAUCUGUAAGUCCCACGGCUGCACUGCCGAAGGCCUUUGCUGCCACAGUGAGUGCUUGGGCAACUGUUCCGAGCCCGACGAUCCCACCAAGUGUGUGGCCUGCCGCAACUUCUACCUGGAGGGUAGGUGCGUGGAGACCUGCCCGCCCCCGUACUACCACUUCCAGGACUGGCGCUGCGUGAACUUCAGCUUCUGCCAGGACCUUCAUAAUAAAUGCAAGAACUCGCGGAGGCAGGGCUGCCACCAAUACGUCAUUCAUAACAACAAGUGCAUCCCUGAGUGUCCUUCCGGGUACACGAUGAAUUCCAGCAACUUGAUCUGCACACCAUGUCGGGGCCCCUGUCCCAAGGUCUGUCACCUCCUAGAAGGUGAGAAGACCAUCGACUCGGUGACGUCCGCCCAGGAGCUCCGAGGCUGCACCGUCAUCAACGGGAGCCUGAUCAUCAACAUUCGAGGAGGCAACAACCUGGCAGCUGAGCUGGAGGCCAACCUUGGCCUCAUUGAAGAAAUUUCAGGAUACCUAAAAAUCCGUCGAUCCUAUGCUCUUGUGUCUCUUUCUUUUUUCCGGAAGUUACGUCUGAUUCGAGGAGAGACCUUGGAAGUCGGGAACUAUUCCUUCUAUGCCUUGGACAACCAGAACCUAAGGCAGCUCUGGGACUGGAGCAAACACAACCUCACCAUCACUCAAGGGAAACUCUUCUUCCACUAUAACCCCAAACUCUGCUUGUCUGAAAUUCACAAGAUGGAAGAAGUUUCAGGGACCAAGGGGCGCCAGGAGAGGAAUGAUAUUGCCCUGAAGACGAAUGGUGACCAGGCAUCCUGUGAAAAUGAAUUACUUAAAUUUUCUAGCAUUCGGACAAGUUUUGACAAGAUCUUGCUGAGAUGGGAACCGUACUGGCCCCCUGAUUUCCGAGACCUCCUGGGGUUCAUGCUCUUCUACAAAGAGGCCCCUUAUCAGAAUGUGACAGAGUUUGAUGGGCAAGAUGCCUGUGGCUCCAACAGCUGGACGGUGGUGGACAUCGACCCACCCCUCAGGUCCAACGACCCCAAGUCACAGAAUCACCCCGGGUGGCUGAUGCGGGGUCUCAAGCCCUGGACCCAGUACGCCAUCUUUGUCAAGACCUUGGUCACCUUUUCCGAUGAACGCCGGACCUAUGGGGCCAAGAGUGACAUCAUCUAUGUCCAGACAGAUGCCACCAAUCCUUCCGUUCCCCUGGAUCCGAUCUCCGUUUCUAAUUCCUCAUCCCAGAUUAUUCUGAAGUGGAAGCCCCCCUCGGACCCCAACGGCAACAUCACGCACUACCUGGUUUUCUGGGAGAGGCAGGCAGAAGACAGUGAGCUGUAUGAGUUGGAUUAUUGUCUCAAAGGCUUGAAGCUGCCCUCUAGGAUGUGGUCACCACCGUUCGAGUCUGAGGAUUCUCAGAAGCACAACCAGAGUGCACACGACGAGUCGGCUGGUGAAUGCUGCUCCUGCCCGAAGACUGACUCUCAGAUACUGAAGGAGCUGGAAGAAUCCUCGUUUAGAAAGACGUUUGAGGAUUACCUGCACAAUGUGGUUUUCGUCCCCAGGCCAUCGAGGAAACGCAGGUCUCUUGGCCACCUCAGCAAUGUGACAGUGGCCAUGCCCACAGUACCAGUUUUCCCCAAUAUCUCCUCAACCAGCGUGCCCACGAGCCUGGAGGAACACAGGCCCUUCGAGAAAGUGCUGAACAAGGAGUCGCUGGUCAUCUCCGGCCUUCGCCACUUCACCGGCUAUCGUAUUGAGCUGCAGGCUUGCAACCAAGAUACCCCCGAGGAGCGGUGCAGCGUGGCUGCCUACGUCAGCGCCAGGACCAUGCCCGAAGCCAAAGCUGAUGAUAUUGUUGGUCCCGUGACCCAUGAAAUCUUCGAGAACAACAUCGUUCACUUGAUGUGGCAGGAGCCAAAGGAACCCAACGGUCUGAUUGUCCUGUACGAAGUGAGUUAUCGGCGAUAUGGCGAAGAGGUAAGACCCUUGACACUUGGGCACGUGCCAUCAAAGUUGUCCUUGGGGCCUCCUUCCUCUGCUUAAAUGCUGGCCCAGACACUCCUCGCAUCUA